CUGCUUUCAACUUUUUGGCCACCAAGCGGCAUAAUGGCAAACAUACACACAGAUUUUCUUUCAUUAACACUCAAACGAGUCGAUAUUAAUAGAAAGGACCCCCUAUUCCUUUAUCAAAUAGAGACUACGCUCCCAACCUUUCAAAACAAAAGUGGCUCUGGGGAGCGCACCUAUUCAGAGUUUGAGCGACUAGCAUCACAUCUCACAUUAUUUUACGAAGAUUUAUAUGUACCAGCGUUACCAGACCUUUCUGUGUCAACUUCAAACGGACAGCGUCCAGACGACGAGGAUAAUGUAUUAAUAGCUCGAAUGCAGCGAUGGAUAAACCGUAUUACCAGUCAUCCGCGCUUCAAGGCCAGCGAGCUGGUCAGAGAGUUUGUAGAAAGUGGUCAAGGGUUUCUUCCGUUAGACAAGCCAGUGUCUUUCCAUCGGCAAGCUUCUCGGUUUAAGCAACUUAAAGGAGGACUCGGAAUAGGUAGCUCGACACCCGCCGAUACAGAUGAGGACUAUUCGACCCUCGCCAACCAGACACAGAACUUUAUUCAAGGUCUGCAAACGGCGUCCAAGGCACUUCAUGCAAAAUUCAAGUGCAGGAAAGCGUUGUCUUCUGCAUACUUGGACAUGGCAACCAAACUGUCCUCGUUGUCUGAUAAGGAGACUAAUGCAAUUAUUCAGAAUACGUACAGAGGAAUGGCUAACGUAGUGCAAGAGUGUGGAGAACUGCAGCGGCCGCAAGCUCAAGCUGAAAAUGCAGUCAUCGGUGAUACGUUUGUGUAUCAAAUUAAAAAUACUCAAAGUGUCAAGGAUUGUUUGGAAGCACGAUUAUCAGGGUUAGCACAACAUCAUGACGCUGUCAAAAAUACUGAUGCCAAAUACAAAACCAUGAAUAAGCUGAAAGCAUCUAACAACAUCAAGGCUGAUAAGGUCAACGACGCGAUAGAAGACAUGCACGAGGCAAAGGCACAAGAGCAAGAGAUACACCGAAGACUUGAAAAGGUCAACAAAAAUUUGAAGCGAGAUCUCAAUACAAAUUAUAAGAUUCAAGUAACAGACGAUGUGACAAGCGCCAUCACAGAAUAUGUGAAAGCACAAAUUCAAUUUGAGCGACAGCAUUUGAAGAAAUGGGAGAGUCUUCGGAACAGACAAGAAUCAUUCACUGGGGAUCAACCAGCAAGAACAAGGGCAGAGUCGAUUGGACGAACUGAUGAGCGAAGGGCUGCCCAGCUGUUGAGUACCCAUUCAUAAGCUCCCGCGCCCUCUUGGUAACAAUUUAUUGUAAUAAUGUGCCUGGGCACCAAGUCGAAUUAUAUAGGAUGAAAGGAAAUAAAUAAGCACAAUUUGUGCCUAUGAAGCAAGCGAGGAAAUGGCAUUGGCCCAGUACCGAAUUAUCUCUCUACGAUGACG